CACGUGGGUAAAAUUCGAUGUUCGAAUAAAGAACGAAAUGCCCUAAUCGGUUCCCCUUCAAUUGCUGUGACUGGUUCUCCUUGCCUUCUCUUCUGUUUGAUCACACUAACAUUUCCACAGGCGUGUGGGCGUGCUAGAUUUAUCUUCUUUCUUUGUCUAUGGGGACCCCAGAAAUCUCUUGAGAGCCUUGUCCUGAUCGUAUUCUUGAUGAUGUUGUUGGUGCAUUUGGAAUGGGUGCAGUUGGAGGUGCAGCAUUCCACUUCUUAAAUGGCAUAUGUAACUCUCCUUCUGGUUCACGUUUAAUUGGAGGCGCUCAGGCUGUACGAAUGAAUGCACCUCGUAUUGGUGGUAGUUUUGCUGUGUGGGGUGGCCUCUUCUCCACUUUUGACUGCACAAUGGUCUAUGUUAGACAGAAAGAGGAUCCGUGGAACCCGAUCAUAGCUGGUGCUGCCACUGGAGGGCUUCUUUCAACGCGUCAGGGACUUGGUGCUGCUUCCAAAUCAGCAAUUUUUGGUGGGGUCUUGCUUGCUUUGAUUGAAGGAGCUGGGAUCAUGCUAAAUAAGGUUCUGAGUGCACCACAGAAUAUUCCCGUCAUGGAAGAGCCAGUUCCAAACAUGGCUGGUGUACCUGGAUAUCCAGUGGGGCAAUUGCCAGGUCAAGCCCCUUCAACAGUUGGGAGUCCAUCGUCAUCGUCAUCUUCUUCCUCUUCAUCUUCUUGGUUUGGAGGGUUUUUUGGUGGUAAAAAGGAGGAAUCAGUGAAGAAUAGCGGAAGUAAGACAGAGGUCAUGGAGAGCUUUGAUGCUCCUCCAGUGCCGUCUUUCGAGUACAAGUGAAAUGAACAGCUAACAUUAUUGACCAUUCCAACCAUUCUAAUGUGUUUUUCAUGGGUGUAUUGUCAUCAUCCAUGUACGCCAUGCGAUUAUAAGCCUGGAACAGUGUUAUGAGAGUUCCCUGCUCAACAUAGUUGUUUGUUUCAUACCCUUUCUUGGUCAAAGAAAAUAGAAAACCAAUUAUACGAAGUUCUCUAA